GACACGGUUGCGCUCCGACAAAGACCUCGCGAGUGAGCUUCUUCAACAUUCAACGACGCUCACGUUUGUCACUGAGAAAGAGAGACACACACACACAUACACACACACACACACACACACAUAUAUAUAUAUAUACAGACGCAUACAUAUAUAUGUAUAUAUAUAUCAUUUGUCUUUUUUUAUUUCUUAUAUAUCAAGAACGAGGACAUUAAUCAGUGCAAAUCAUCAGAAAAAUCUUUGUCUCUGGAUAGUAUUAAAUCAGAUCCGUCUGUCUCUCUCUUUCUCUCUCUCUCUCUCUCUCUCUCUCUAUUUCUCUCUCUCUCUUUCUCUUUCUCUCUUUCUCUCUCCCUCUCUCUCUGUCUCUCUCUCUCUCUCUUUCUUCACCAAUUUCUCAGUUUGAAAAUUGUCAACUUUAUUUUAUUCUCCAUUGGAUGAAAAAUUGGUUGGGAAAACUUCGAAAGAGGCUAGAUUUUCCCUAGGGAUAUUCUACCUAGGGAGUUAUUCCAUUAUGGAGAUCUAUGAGAACACUUAAACAAGAAUCUAAAUAUAAUAUUGUGAAUCUCAACGAAGAAUCAACGAAAGUUAGCCUAGAGACUUAAUUUAGAAUCGAAUAAUCAUCAUUUAGGGGAAGUUAAGAAAGAAGAAAGUUUAUUUGAACGUGGAUGUAACGGAGCGUCGGACGUCGAAUGGACGUGAGUUAGGGGCCUAUCGUGAAGCAAUCGUGUUAAAAAUUAAGUUUAUCUAAAAAUCGAAAGGAAUAAAACGAGACAAAUCUAUAUACAUAUAUAUAAACAAAAAGUUCCUAAGUCAUAAAGAAAUAAUAAUAAUAAUAAUAAGAAGAAGAAGAAGAAGAAGAAGAAGAAGAAGAAAAAGAGAGAAAAAAGAAGAAGAGGAAGAAGAAGAAGAAGAAGAAGAAGAAGAAGAAGAAGAAGAAGAAGAAGAUAGUCAUCUUACAAGAUGACAUUUUGAAAAUUCUAAAAGGAAAAGAAAUUUGGGCGAAGGACAGCAAGAUGCCGCAACGCUCGCCGUUCGCGAUUCAGGAGUUAUUGGGUCUCAAUGGUACCGGAAAUGCAAGUGGUACCGAUCGAGGCUCGCCUCAAGGAUCGCCACCCGCCGGCGUAUCGGCGGUUUCUUAUGCGCCAACUGCACCUCAUCACAAACUCUGGGAUUACAUGCCUAGCUUGACGAAUCAUCUUGGUAAUCUUGGGAAUCUUGGAAAUCUUGGAAAUUUGACGGCCUCGCGUAUGGCCUACCUGAAUGCUCAGGCUGCCGUCGCGGCUGCUUUUCUACCACCACCUCAUCCACAUCCUGCGCAUCACGUACCUCAUCAUCAGGUACAUCAACCAGGUCAACUUCCUGCCUCACCUGCUGGUGUCAAUGUUCAUCCAGCGGCACACGCGCAACAUGUACUUCCUGGGACCGCCGUUACUGCUAAUCAUCAUCAACAUAGUCCGACUCAGCAUACACCACCUCAUGGAUUCUCUCAGACGAAAGGGACCUUCUCGAAUGCAAGUCCAGGUGUUGGACAUAACAUUGAAUCCGGCAAGGACUUCACAGUCGAUGGUCUCUCUGGUUUUAGUAAAAAGAAGAAGAAGAAACGUCGUCAUAGCUCCAGGACGAUCUUCACGUCUCAGCAGCUGGAGGAGCUGGAGGCAGCGUUCAAAGAAGCCCAUUAUCCCGACGUCUAUGCUCGCGAGAUGCUCAGCCUGAGGACGGAUCUGCCCGAAGACAGGAUACAGGUAUGGUUUCAAAAUCGGAGAGCUAAAUGGCGCAAAACUGAAAAAUGCUGGGGUAGAAGUACCAUAAUGGCGGAGUAUGGUCUAUACGGUGCGAUGGUUCGACAUUCUUUGCCACUACCAGAGACUAUUUUGAAGAGUGCUAAAGAGAACGAGUCAGUAGCUCCAUGGUUGCUUGCGCAAUCGUCUAAGACAAGCGGCUUUAGUCAAGAUUUCGAAAAUAAUCAAGAACUGAUUGACUGUGGGCCCGUAGGGAUGCAUCGAAAGUCGAUCGAAGCGGCGGAACAUCUCAAGUCUGGUGGCGAGGACAGUGGAAACGACCAUAACGGGAGCGGAAGUAGCCCUCAUCAUAAUCAUCACCAGGGUGGACCUACCAGUUCUGAGAGCGGACAAGAGAGCCAAGACGGUAUGGGACCGUCUUCGUCGACAGGAGUCGUACAGGACACAGAGCAACUGAGGAACGAGAGCAUCGCCUGCUUGAGGGCGAAAGCUCAGCAACAUCAGUUGCAACUUAGCUUGCAACCAACGGCAGCUCCAACAGGCAGCUCUUAUCAGACGGGACCGCAAUCGAGCACGCUCCAUGCCUCGGUUUAAUCCUUCUCGUCGACUUUU